AUGGAUCCUUUUUCCCUAAUAGCUUCCCACAACAGUGAAACAAUCAACAUAGGGUGUUCUGAGGUUCCUAGACCGGUGGAAAGGCGAAAGUGGACAACCAAGGAAGACGUGGUGCUGAUCAGCGCUUGGUUGAACACUAGCAAGGAUCCCAUAGUGAGUACUGACCAGAAGGCAGGGGCGUUUUGGAAGAGAAUUGAAGAGUACUUCAAUGCUAGCCCUCAGCUCGUUGGCUCCGUUCCUAGACCAUGGGGUCAAUGUAAGCAGAGGUGGGGAAGAGUGAAUGAGCAGGUCAACCGGUUUGUCGGAAGCCAUGAAACCGCAUUGAGGGAGCAAGCGAGUGGCACUAAUGAGAAUGAUGUCAUGAAGGCGGCCCAUGACAUCUUCUUGAAUGACUAUAAAGUCAAGUUCACCAUGGAACAUUGUUGGAGGGAACUGAGGUUUGAUCAAAAAUGGAGAUCAAACGUUCUCUCCAAAGAAGGUGCGAAGGAGAAAAGGAAGGACCCUGUGGAGGACGUCGGUGAGGAGGAAGAUGUGAGGCCUCCUGGUAUAAAGGCAGCCAAACACAAGAAGCACGGGAAAGAAGCAGCUUUUGAUAAGAUAGAGACCAUACUAGCUGAGAAAAAAUACAUUGCCAAACAGAAGCUACUUGAACGCCUGCUAGGCAGAAAAGUUAAGACACUUUCUGAUGAAGAAGUCGCGGUUGCAGGAGGUGGAUGCGUGUGGAGGUGGAUGCGUGUGGAGGUGGAUCCUUGUUCAGUCUGUUUGUAUUAUGAGGCACGGGUAGUAGUGUAG